CCCGCUGCGGAGCCCGGGACGCACCGUGUCCGCUGCCUGGCGUCACAGCCUCGCCCUCCGGAUGCCGAGGGGAAAGUACCCUCCUUGAGAGCUCGCUGCCUUGGAAGCGCCCCUGCGCUCGUCGGGAACAUGAGUGGUCGCGCCCGCGUGAGGGCCAGAGGCAUGGCCCGCAGCCCCAGCGCCGCGGGAGCCGGGCGCGCACUGGCGCCGCCCUCGGCCUCGCCCUCGCCCUCGGCCUCGCCCUCGCCCUCGCCUGCAUCUGUUGAUCUUGGCAACAGUGAAGCAUCGUCUACCAGUGGCUUCGUGGGAACAAGCAGGAUGUCUGAGAAAUGUGAAGAUGUUAUACCUUCUGGUGAUGCGGGAUGUACUUUCAUUGAAAGAGGUGGGAAAAUCAGAUGGGACUUCACGGAUCUGAGUGUCUGUACUAGAGAGAAAUUGGCCCACGUGAGAGAUUGCAAAAGAGGUUCCAGUGGAGUACCUGUGAAACUGGUCACAAAUCUCUUUAGUUUAGAUUUGCCCCAGGACUGGCAGCUAUACCAAUAUCAUGUGGCAUAUGUCCCAGAUAUAGAAUCUAGAAGGCUGAGAAUUGCUUUGCUUUAUAGUCAUAAGGAACUUUCCAACAAAGCAAAAGCAUUUGAUGGCGUCAUCCUUUUUCUCUCGCAAAAACUGGAAGAAAAGGUCACAGAACUGUCAAGUGAAACUUCGAGAGGCAAGACUGUGAAGAUGACUAUCACUCUGACAAGAGAGCUGCCAGCAAGGUCCCCCGUGUGCAUCCAGGUCUUCAAUAUCAUCUUCAGAAAGAUCUUAAAAAAGUUGGCCAUGUACCAAAUUGGACGGAACUUCUAUAAACCUUCUGAAUCAGUGGAAAUUCCCCAGCACAAGUUGUCCCUUUGGCCUGGGUUUGCAAUUUCUGUGUCACAGUUUGAAAGCAGGCUCCUCUUUACUGCUGAUGUGAGUUAUAAAAUACUCCGGAAUGAGACUGUUCUAGAAUUCAUGACUGGUAUCUGCCAGGAAACUGGUAUGUCCUGCUUUACCCAGACGUGUGAAAAACAGCUCCUUGGGCUCAUUGUCCUAACAAGAUACAAUAACAAAACCUAUCGCAUCGAUGACAUUGACUGGUCGGUGAAGCCCACUCACACCUUUCAGAAGCAGGACGGCACUGAGGUCACCUACGUGGAUUACUAUAAACAGCAAUAUGAUAUUACUUUAUCCAACCUAAACCAGCCAGUGCUUGUGAGUCUGCUGAAAAGCAAGAGAAAUGACAACCCUGAGGUUCGGGUGGCCCACCUGAUCCCCGAGCUCUGCUUUCUAACAGGGCUGACCCGCCAGGCAACCUCUGACUUCCAGCUGAUGAAGGCCGUGGCUGAAGAAACACGCCUCAGCCCUUUGGGAAGGCAGCAGCGCCUGGCCAGGCUUGCUGACGACAUUCAGAGAAACAAGGAUGCUCGUUUUGAACUGGAGACCUGGGGGCUGCAUUUUGGUUGCCAGAUGUCUCUGACUGGGCGGGUUUUGCCUUCAGAAAAAAUAUUAAUGCAAGACCGUGUAUGUCAACCUGGAUCUGCUGCUGAGUGGUCCAAGGAUAUGCGGAAUUGCAAGAUUUUAAGUGCACGGUCUUUGAAUAAAUGGUUGGUUAUAUGUAGCAACAGAGAUGAAAAUGUGACCGAGGAUUUUCUGCACUGCUUGAGGAGAGUUGGAGGUUCCAUGGGAUUUAAUGUGGACUACCCCAAAAUCAUAAAAGUACAAGAAAAUCCAGCUGCGUUCCUUAAAGCUCUACAGAAGUAUGUUGAUCCUAACGUUCAGUUGGUAAUGUGUAUCCUGCCUUCUAAUCAGAAGAGCUACUAUGAUUCCAUUAAAAAAUAUCUGAGCUCCGUCUGCCCAGUGCCAAGCCAGUGUGUGCUCACUCGGACCUUGAAUAAACAGGGAAUGAUGAUGAGCAUCGCCACCAGGAUCGCCAUGCAAAUGGCCUGCAAACUCGGAGGCGAGCUGUGGGCUGUCGAGAUCCCUUUAAAGUCCCUGAUGGUGGUCGGUAUCGAUGUCUGUAAAGAUGAAUUCAGCAAGGGAAUGGUGGUGGUUGGAUUUGUGGCCAGUAUUAACCCCGGAAUCACCAGGUGGUUUUCUCGCUGUAUCCUCCAGAGAACAACAACCGAUGUUGCAGAUUGCUUAAAAGUUUUCAUGACUGGAGCACUCAACAGAUGGUGCAAGCACAACCAUGCUCCGCCUGCGCGCAUAGUGGUGUACCGGGAUGGGGUAGGGGACGGUCAGCUGAAAACACUGAUUGAAUACGAAGUUCCGCAGCUGCUGAGCAGUGUGACAGAAGCAAGUUCAAAUACCAGCGCCAAACUGUCGGUGAUUGUGGUCAGGAAGAAGUGCGCGCCGCGGUUCUUCACCGAAGUGAACCGGUCAUUGCAGAACCCGCCGCUUGGCACCGUGGUGGACUCAGAAGCCACGCGCCCUGAAUGGUACGACUUCUACUUGAUCAGUCAGGCUGCCGGCCGGGGAACGAUUACUCCCACCCACUACAACGUCAUCUAUGACGACAAUGGCCUGAAGCCUGACCACAUGCAGAGACUCACCUUCAAACUGUGCCACGUGUACUACAACUGGCCGGGCUUAAUCAGUAUCCCAGCCCCGUGUCAGUACGCGCACAAGCUGACCUUCCUGGUGGCGCAGAGCGUUCACAAAGAACCGAGUCUGGAAUUAGCCAACUCUCUCUUCUACCUGUGAUGACGGGAACCACGGGCGUCCCUAGAUGAGCAGUCUGAGGAGUAGUGGGUGGAUUUUGUGUGAACCUGCCACAAGUGCGAGCCUGUGACCGGGGAAAGGAGACUGAGCUUACUUGUAACUUUUGGAAAAACACCCAACACAGCUUCAUCUGAAAUGGUUCAAGAGAAAUGUAUAGUGUUUUAUUUUGAAGAGUUUUCUGCUCGCAGUUAAUUCUCAUGCUGGUAGAUGGAAUUAAAAGGUACCAUCAUCUGUAAGUAAUUCCACAAAGCUGAGUAUCCUCUAAGAAAAUAAGUGUUUGCAAGAUGUUUUUGAUGGUAGGGAAAUGGGGUCUAAUUUCCACCCUAAAUUUCGCGGAAGUUUUGUUAGAUAAUAUUGUAGAACGUUUUGUAGCGUGGUUCAAAUAGUUAUUAGAAAAUAAAGAAAAUUCAGAGCAUCG